AUGACCAAGAUCGACUUUCUGUUGCACGAGAGCGCCCUCGGCUAUGCCAUCUUCAAGGUCGUCCACCAGCAGGACACGGUCGGCCUGCACCUCAAGGAGGUCCAGAAGGCCGGCCAGGACCUGUCCAAGUUUGGCAAGAUGGUCACCCUGGUGAACUUUGCCCCGUGGCGUAUGCUGACGCGUUCUGGCGCCCCCCUCUGCAGCAACGCCGCUGAUGCCCUCGAGAACAUCAACUACAUCAGCGAGGGCCUCAUGCACGACUACCUCAAGUCCAACCUCGAGCUGAACCUGCCCCAGUCCAAGAAGAGCAAGGUCGUCCUGGGCCUGGCCGACAAGAACUUGGCCGGUAGCAUCAAGGCCGCCUUCCCCGGCAUCGAGUGCGAGACGGGCGACACCAGCGAGGUCUGCGCCGACCUGCUGCGAGGCGUCCGCCUGCACGCCGCCAAGCUGCUGAAGGGUCUCGAGGAGGGCGACGUCGAGCGCUCCCAGCUGGGUCUGGGCCACGCCUACAGUCGUGGCAAGGUCAAGUUCAACGUCCACAAGAACGACAACCACAUCAUCCGCGCCAUUGCUACCCUGGACAACCUCGACAAGGGUAUCAACCUCUUCUCGCAAAAGGUCCGCGAGUGGUAUGGCUGGCACUUCCCUGAGCUCUACGCCAUUGUCAGCGACAACAUGACCUACGCCAGACUUGCCCUGUACAUUGGCAACAAGUCGUCUCUUUCUGACGAGUCCGAGGACAAGCUCCACGAGCUGGCUCAGCUGGUGAACGAGGAUGAGGAGAAGGCCCUUGAGAUCAUCAACAAGGCCAAGAUCUCCAUGGGUCGCGACAUCUCGGACGUCGACAUGGAGAACAUCUCGACCUUUGCCAACCGCGUCGUCAAGCUGGCCGAGUACCGACGAUCCCUGUACUCCUACUUGACCGAGAAGAUGAGCACCGUGGCCCCCAACCUAGCCUCCCUCAUCGGCGAGGUCGUUGCCGCCCGUCUCAUCCAGAAGGCCGGCAGCUUGACCAACCUGAGCAAGUACCCCGCCUCUACGCUGCAGAUCCUCGGAGCCGAGAAGGCGCUCUUCAGGGCCCUCAAGACCAAGGGCAACACCCCUAAGUUCGGCUUGAUCUACCACAGCACCUUCAUCGGCCGUGCAUCCCAGAAGGACAAGGGCCGCAUCUCCAGAUACCUGGCCAACAAGUGCAGUAUCGCCAGCAGAAUCGACAACUUCGCUGAGCAGCCCUCCAAGAAGUUCGGUGAGGCCCUCAGACAACAGGUCGAGGACCGCCUGGAGUUCUACGCCAGCGGCAAGAAGCCCACCAAGAAUGUUGAUGCUAUGGACAAGGCUAUGGCUGAUAUCCUGGCUGACGGCCAGUCUCUGGCCAUCGACCACGAGAUGAUCGAUGCACCCCUGCCACCCAGUGCCGAAGUCACCUCCGAGAAGAAGGAGAAGAAAGACAAGAAGGACAAGAAGGACAAGAAAGAGAAGAAGAGGAAGCACAGCGAUGUGAACGGCUCCAUCGAGACACCCGAGCCAGUGGAUGGCGAGAAGAAGAAAAAGAAGAAGAGAAAGUCCGAGGCGUAG